GACGAGAAACAAAAUGUCAGCGCCCUUGUGCUUUUUUCGGGUUAGGUGUUGUUUACGAAUGUUUUGUCUUUCUCCUAAAUUAUCCAAUACCCGCCUGCAAGUGCAUCAGCGGUUCAUGAUGACAGAUGACAGAGAAAGUUUAGAACAUUUACAUAGGACACACGCAUCCUCAAUAGCGUUUCGUCAAACGCCCGGGAAAGACCCGGGCGUUGUGUUUUUGCCGGGUUACAUGAGCAACAUGACCGGCGGGAAAGCCGUGGCUCUGGAGGCCUACUGCAGGCGGCGCGGACAUGCCUUUGUUAGGUUUGACUACCAGGGGUUAGGCGAGUCCAUAGGGGAGAUGAGGAAAGGAGAAAAGUUGUUUGACAUUUGGAAGUCAGAUGCUCUAGCAGUCCUUGAUGAACUCACUGUUGGUCCUCAGAUUCUUGUUGGAUCCAGUAUGGGCGGGGCAAUCAUGCUGCUGUUAGCACUAGAGAGACCGGAGCGCAUCCAUUCUCUUCUCGGGGUAGCUACCGCUGUACAGUUUGACAGGCCGUUGUCUUACACUGAACAGAAGAGGGGGCAUGUACACGAGGCUCGAGGCUCAGCACCCGGUGACUCAACGCACACCACGCCACAUAACUUCGUAGACAAGCACUACACAAGAUGUCUCAGUCAGAACCCCAUGCCCGUCAAACAGCCGAUACGAUUGAUCCACGGGAUGAAAGACGACACCGUGCCGUUUCGAACGUCCGUUGACCUCGCCGAGCGCCUGGAGAGCAAGAACGUGGAGGUGAUCCUGCGCAAAGAGGGCGGUCAUCGCAUGUCGGAGCCGGAGGACAUACGCCUCUUGCUGGACUGUCUCGAAGAACUCUUGAAAAUACGAUAGGGACUUCCCUCUAGCAAGCAAGCAAGCUAUGAGCCAUAAUACAGUUGAACCUGCCUAUAGCGACCGCCCAAGGGAAACAAAAAAUGUGGUCUUUGUAAGUUUGUAGGCAGGUUGUCACUAAAGCAGGUUUGACUGCAAUAGGGCCAUUCUUGCUUGUGAGGGUUAAGUAGAGUGCUUGGUUCAGUGUUGGAGUUGGGCAUUCGGUUGAGGCAGAAAAAUUACCUAGAAGCGAUUGUUGUAAGUGUGUCUUACAACCAACGGAAGGGAUGGAUGUGCAUGCGAAGUUCACAAAUUGGACUAGUCGAUCAUUUCUUACAUUUCAAGGGUUCAGUGACACAAAGACGUAACUCCAUAUUUUGCCAAAAUGAUUAUUUGAUAUCAAAAUGUUCAGAAAAAUGUGGGCUUUCCAGGAAACA